GUCACGAUGGAAGUCAUGGGACGUCAUAUUUGUGGCCUCGUCGUUAGAUGUGUCUGGCAAUAACACACCAGUACGUUUGCAACCAGUGUUUGUAAACACACCAUUACAUUUGUAAUCUCUAUUCGUGAUUGGUGAGCUGCUAAGCCGUCAGGAUUCUCUGUGUUUUGCCUGUCAAUAGAGCUGUGUAGAUUUAUUCAGAUGUUUAUUAAGACCAGCGCUCGGACUCCAGUAACUUACAGCAGCAGUCACUGCUGUGAACAGAAGAUGUUUCUUCUGAUGCUCUGCCUGCAAUAAAAUGAUGGAUGGAAGUGAGAAGAUGGAGUCUGAUGAUGUGGUGAUCAUCGUGGAGAAUGAGGCGGAAAGUAAGCGCGAUGAUGAAGAUCAGGGCGGUGUGAGGAUGAUGGUGAUGGCUCUGAUGGACGUGUGUCCCGUGUGUAAGCUCAGCUUCAGCAGCAGAGAGCCCAAACUGCUGCCCUGCCUGCACUCCUUCUGUAAGAGAUGCUUACCUGCUCACAACACACCUGCCAGCACAGCCAGCAACGCCCAGCAGUUGAACACGAUCCGCUGUCCAGUUUGUCGGCAGGAGUGUAUGGAUGUUGAAGUCUUGGAUAAUUUCUUUGUCAAGGAUUCUGUGGAAGUGCCGAGCAGCACGAUGGAAAAGAGCUGUCAGCUCUGCAUGAGUUGUGACGAUAACACAGAGGCCAGCGGUUUCUGCGUGGAAUGUGCAGAGUUUCUGUGCCUCACCUGCAUCGAUGCUCAUCAGCGUGUGAAAUUCACCAGAGAUCACACAGUCCAGCAAAUAGCGGAAAUGUCCUCAGAGGCGAUGGGUGCUUCCACACAGAAGCCCGUCUUCUGCGACAUCCACAGACAGGAGCCGUUGAAACUGUUCUGUGAAACCUGCGAUCGCCUCACCUGCAGAGACUGUCAGCUACUCAAACACAAGGACCAUAAUUACCAAUUUCUAGAAGAUGCAUAUAAAAAUCACAAGGAACAUCUGGAAAAUAUGACCUGCCAACUUCAAGAAAAGAAGAAAGCUAUAGAGGACAUAUCUAAUACCAUAAACAAUGGUCUUCAGCAGGUGGAUGAAAAUCGCAAGACUGUGGCUAAUGAGAUUAAAAAAUCUAUCUGCAAUCUUAUAAUGGAGAUCAACAGGAAGGGGAAGUUAUUAGUCAAUCAACUUGAGGCAAUCACAAAGGACCAUGAAACUCUCCUGAAAAAGCAACAACAGGAUGUGACGUCACUCUCCACACAUCUUGAUCAUGUUAUCAACUUUACAAAAUGGGCCACAGCCAGUAACAGUGGGACGGCCCUCCUGUACUGUAAGCGAUUGAUAACAUGUCAAAUCCAGCUCCUCAUGCGAGCAAAGUGCAACAUCUCAUAUGUUCCCCAGAGCUUGGUUCGGUUCCAUAGUCGAUCUGCUUUUUGGGCCUCGAAUGUGGAUCUCGGUUCUUUAGUUGUAGAGAAAACUCCAGUGCGUCAUCCCAGCGGUCCACAGCCAUUUCCUUUCCAGCAAAUGAACCCAGGCCCCAGACUCGACGGUCUUCAGGCAGGGUUCCCGAGCUCACAGUCCCAGCAGCAACAGCAGCAGCAGAGGCAGAGCACACUGGCCCAGCUGCAGAUGCAGGUGGAGAAACUCUCCCAGCACACCAACCGCCACCAACCGCCCAACCAGUGGUCAUGGUACCAUGGCAUGCGCUUACCAGGGCCACCUCCACAUAGACCCUUACAGGGUGGAUCACCAUCUCAGACGUUACAAAGCAUGCCACAACACGGACGGCGAUAUAGUGCACGGAGCCCCCCACCUAUGCUUCAGCCCAAUAACCUACCUCCACAGACUCUGAGGGUUUUCAUCAACAAUCCCACCUACCCUUCUAAACCGAUGGAGGUGCUACCAAGAACUCGCUAUCCGCACAGUGCUGCUUUCUCCAGUGGAGCUUCACUUCCCUCUCCACAGACGUUCAAUCAGCAAAACAUGCAGAUGACGUCGUACCUGAACAGGAGAUGUGAACCCAGCACACUGCUGUCUGCUCAAAGGCCCAGUUAUCAACCCAGUCACCCCUCCACAGCUACGGAGCGAACUGGUACGCUUCAUCAGCAAAAACUAAUGGCUGCUACUGUACAAGGAAUACAAAUGUCCGUCACCUCAUCAGAACCAAAGACCAGUUCUGGCUCCUGGAAGCGCGUAGAAGCCCCACAGAGUGGCCCAUCAAACCCUUCCACCAAGAGGAGACGCAGGACGUCUCCAGGCCCAGUCAUUGUCAUCAAAGAUGAACCAGAGGAUGAGGAUGAAGUUCAUUUUGUAAAGACCAGUGCUAAAGCCAGUCUUCCAGACAGCACAGGGGUUCAGUCUCAACUGCCACAAGGUGAGCAGCAGUCAGAGAAGGCCCCAGAAGCAGAUGAAGACCCCAAUGAGGACUGGUGCGCGGUGUGCCAGAAUGGAGGAGAACUGCUCUGCUGUGACAGAUGUCCGAAAGUCUUCCAUCUCAGCUGCCAUAUCCCCACUUUAACUGCAUCUCCAAGAAAUCAUGAUGCACUACCAUUCAAAUGUUUGGGUGGUAAGUGGUACUGUACGUUCUGCCGUGACCUUACCUCACCUGAAAUGCAGUAUAACAUCAGUGGUAGCGGAGAAUCGAACAAUGUGAAGCAGGAUCCAGAUUCUGAGGCUUUCACUCCUGUGGACAGAAGAAAAUGUGAGCGACUACUGCUUCGUCUUUACUGCAAUGAGCUCAGCACUGAUUUUCAGGAGCCUGUCACACCAACGUCGAUGCCUGAGUACAGUGAGAUAAUAAAGACGCCAAUGGACCUGUCGGUGAUCAGAAGUAAACUGGAGGUCAGCAAUUACAAGAGCACUGAGGACUUUGUGGAGGAUGUCAGGCUGAUUUUCAAAAACUGUGCAACUUUCCAUAAGGAAGACACUGAGAUGGCAAGUGUGGGUGCUAAUCUAGAGAGUUACUUUGAGGAACAGCUGAAACUCUUGUAUCCAGACCGGACAUUUCCUGGCGUGAAGGAGGAGGCCGUUGCUUCUUUGUGUCCCGAUGAUACAAGUCCCUUAUCAAAGACACCUCCGCAGAACACUUGCCCUUCAGAGGAGAUUGUGAAACCCUCUGGUGAAGAUCUCCCUCAGGGGGAACCACACACUAAAGACAUUGAGAACCUCAGCUCUCCUGCGGGAUUCAGUCUUGUAGAUGCUGAAAUGGACAGUAAAGUAACUAAAGAUCCAACUUCCUGAAAGAAUCUUCAUUGUUCAUUCUCUAAAGACUGGAUGGUGACAUGCACUUUUCUACAGCGUGAAAUCUCUGGUUCAAUUGCAAUAAUUAUACUGUACAUUUUAAUUGUUUUAAGCGUUUGGAAAAUAGGCAGUUUGACCACUAAAGAUGUAAUAUAACAAUGCAAUGUGGAAUAUAGGCAUAAUAAAAACCUAUAUAAAUACA